AUGAAGAUUUUUACAAUAUUAACAAUACUUGCAUUAACCUCAGCAUACAAGAUCACGCAACUAAAGGUGCCGCUGUAUGCAGACCCGCGGCGUGCUGCAGAACUCAUCUGUGAUUUUCAGAUGAAUGACGAGACUCUACACUCUGUCAAGUGGUAUAGAGAUAUGCAUGAGAUCCUUCGAUAUAAUCCCUCUCAAAAGCCUUCGAUAAGACUAUUUAACGUUACGGGAAUAAAUGUGCAAGGCGGUGAGUGCCAGGCGGAAUGGUGUAUGGUGCGAGUGAUGCCUCUACCGUUCGCCGUCCGAGCGGCCUUUACUUGCGAGAUAUCCACCGAAGGACCCAGAUUCCAGAUAGCGAGACAGACCAAGCAAAUGACUGUUGUUGCAAUGCCAGAGAGGGAUCCUGUCAUAAUUGGAGCUCCCAAAUUAGUGAGACCUGGAGAGCAUGUAUUGCUUAAUUGUAGCUCGGACUUCUCGCUGCCACCUGCAGAUAUCAAUUGGUAUAUUGGUAACGAGAAUCAAAAGCAAGAGCAGUGGCAGCGUACGGAGCUAAGUUUACCCCAAGCGGGAGGUUUACGUACCUCCUGGCGCGUACUUCACCUUGCAGUCCCGACAGUAGAGAGCGGCGCAUUGCGCGUGCGCUGCGAGGCUGCGCUGCCAGUGGAGCCACCAGUCCUACGUGAUACUAGCAUUGUCCUUACACUGUAUUCGCGCACGCAACUCUUCUCCAAAUACGUUGCCAACACAGGCGCAAGAAUCGACUUUCAGUUAGUGUGGGCGACGAUGUGGGUCUAUGUUCUAAUAGUAAUAACAUUAUGA